GAUAGAAUUAAUAGAGACCCUAAGGUUAUAUAUAAUCUCAUUCAAUCUUAUAUUGCUUAUAUUACUAACGAAGCUUAUAAUAAAGUCCUUACCGAAUAUUUGGCUAUUAAACAUACUAACUUUAAUACUAUAACUUCUUUCCUUACCCAUUAUACCUUACUUUACAAACGUAUUAAAGACGCUAAAUUUAAAAUUAAUAAUAAUUUUAAGGUUAUUUUUCUUUAUAAUAUUAUAAAGACUAUUUACCCU